CACCAUCUUCUCUCUGCGCCGCGGGUUCAUUUCACAGAAGUGAGAGCCGUGCCCUUGGCCUGGGCAGCGGUGGGGGGCUGCCGGCCAGUGAGACCCUCGCUAGCAGCUGGCAGGAGGAAUCUCCAUCCUGGCUUUUUGGGCACAGAUGCACAGCAAAGAUGGUGGCAGGCCUUGCAGGGGUGCUCCUCUUCCUCCUCUGGCAAGCAGCUGUGGUGGAGAGCAGCCAGGGGACCGUGUCCGGGGCCAUUGAUGGCGUGGUGAACCUCAGCCCCGGGCUGCAAAACCAGACCUUGUACUACCAAAUCUACUGGUGCUAUGAAAGCUCCCAGAAGAUUGCCAUCCAGAAAAGCAGUGGGGCCCCCCACUACCCUGACAGCACCUUCCGAGGGCGGCUGCAGCUCUUCCCCAACUACACCCUGCAAAUCAGCUACCUGCAAAAAAGUGACAGCGGCACAUACUGGGUCUACCUGGAAGACAAGGCUGGCAAGGAGCAUGGGGAGAGCAUUCGCCUCACGGUGCAUGGUGCCGAAGCCCAUGGUGCGAGCCGAGGUGAGGGGGGACGCCGAGCAGUGCGAAGUCACCUUGAUAUGCUCCGUGGAGCUCAAGGACGUGACAUACGAGUGGAUUCUACCCCACAAGCUGCUGGAGCACAGUCAGGGCCCCCAGUUGAACCUCUCCUUCAACCCCUGGGCAGAGACCUAUACCUGCAGAGCCAGCAACCCUGUUUCCUCCAGCACCGCCUCGCUGACCUACCGCCAGCCCUGCUCCUGGGAAGCCGAGCCCUCCGCCACCUCCUUGUCUGUGGCCCAGAAGACCAAGGUGCUGAUGGCUCUGGCCUUCCUCCUCCUUCAUGUCAUGGCUUAAGCAUGCAGUGCUGUCACCACCAUCCCAUCGCUGAUGCCCCUUCCCGGAUGAGGGCCCCAGACCAGAAGAGACCUGUGGUUUGUUGGUGCUGCAGAUGCCGCCCUGGGUGUAUCGGCCUGAAUCGGUUUUGUCACUGGAGCCUCAAGCUCCCAUUUCUGCAGCAUUUAUGGAGAAAAGACAUCUGCAGGAGUUGCACAGAAAAAUCUCAUCCGCAGCCAGCUGCUCCCCAUGGGUCUAGGCUGUACCGGGCUUUUAAGCACUGUGUUACCCCAGUCUGUGCUCUGCUCCCAGUCCUGCUGGCUGCCUUCGGUGAAGCUCUGUGCCUCGGUUUCCACUCCUGGCCUUUUGAUGCCUUCUUGCAAUCAGAGAUCAGUUUCUGCAGGUCAGGAAAAAAAAAGCAUCUAACGUUUAUCUUAUUUCUCUCAUAAUGGCAUUUUGAAAACUCUAGCCAUGCAGAUUGUGUUUACAGUCCCGAGGUCCCACAGGGCGAUCCGAGACUGGUAACACCUCAGCACAGUGUGGCUGGGGGCAUCUGAGCAUCCACGAGUGCUGGCAUUGCCCUCAUCCCUCACGGUGGCCCUGGAAGCUGGCCGAGGGGCCUGCAGGCUGCGGGGGCGAACCUCCUCUGUGCACCGUCUGCACAGACACUUUUCGGGGACUCUCCAAUGCCAGUGGCUCCCCUGGAGUGAGAGGCGUUCCCAGGCAUCUGGGAGCCGGUGGGACAGCGGCGCCUUUCACGCUACCAACGCACAGUGCAAUACCACGGGGCCAGGGCAGUUGUGGUUUCUCUGAAAUGGGUGGAAAUCGUUUUGGCCUGUCCUGAGGUCCCUGAGACCACAGGUGAGCACCAGGGCCAGCGAGGUGCUACUCAAAGUCCCGACCUGCAGCACCGAAGCAUCUCCAGGAGA